AUGUCCCAUGUCAUGAUCGCGAUCCUCAAUUGGCAGACGAUUAAUCUCGAGGAAAUCAAAAUCAUAGAUAACAGUGACAAGAUUACAAUGAUCCUCCCCCGUGUCCCGACUCUUAUGCUAAGUCCAGAUAUCACUACCGUAAUUCAAAAUGAUCCUACUCCCACUCCCCACCCGGCAUAUUUUCGUAUCCGCCCCUGUCCUUUUUCUCACAAUCACCAAGGUCACGUCUCACAUUUUAGAGCUAUAUUGGAGCCUUUAGCCCGCCUUGCCAGCGAAACGGAAUUCAGAAGUCAUUUCGAGGACAGCGGGGUGGAAACGUGGAACAUUGGUGUCUUCAAAGCUACCGUACCUAGCAAUAUUGAAAUCGCGUCUGCAUCAGCAUUCUGCCUUGCCGCAUGUUGUGCUAUGGAUGACCUCUUCAAACCAGGGGUCGUGCACACCAGAAUGAUCUGGAGUCCGGCAGCUCCCUGGAAGGCAAAUGUGGACGCCUCUGUGCUGCUCGACUAUCUCAAUCAAGUCCAUCGCCAGCCCACCUAUGUUAACCGGCUCCGUCGUGCUCGCCUAGGCACGGAUCUGCGUAACAGCAUUGCACUUGCUUCCAUCUUCACUCUUGAGACGACAGCUGCGGUAGUGCCUUGCAUCAUUUUCGCGAUGGAGCAGACAGAAUCCCCUUUCAUCAGACAUGUUGGGUUGAAGACCGCCCAUGUUAUCAGAGAGCAACUAUCGAAUAUUAUAGAUGAUGUCCGUGAUUAAGUCCUCCCGGCCUUACGUUCCGUGACCUUCGGAAGUAUCCAGGACGAUAGCAUUGCUCCUGGUGAUACAUCACCUGAUCGAUUUAUCCAUCUAGAACGUGAUCUUCAUUAUCUGGAAAUAUUCUUCGCCCUCGCAAACAGCGAGUAUUGGCUCUCACAGUUCCGCCAAGGCAGCUGCGAUC